CACGAACUCACACAGUUUGUCCAUAACCCAAACCCGCUCGUGCACCCUCGACCACAACCACAAAUACGACCAUAACUUACGGACUGAGAGUCAUGUCGGUCUCCCUCUCGGCGCCAUACACCGUUUUCCCGUUGUCUCUGCCGCUACACCAGACAAGAGCCAAAGACAAGGACGGUUCCAGUUACCGGUCGUGCUACACAGCGCCAGUCGAGUCCCGAAAGCGGAAACGAACCAAUGGCGGCAGUGAGAUCGCCACGGCGGUGGACGGCGAGGGCGUGAAUAUCUAUGAUGUACGGUCGACGCAAACCAUCUCAUCCUACGCCCUCCCGCCCGCAACAAAGUUUGCGUGCGCCCCCACCUCUAUCGUCACGAAGACCUCAAAGACCGCGACGUUCCGACGCACCUACGCCGCGCUAUCCGCCCCCAAGAAGCAGCUCGUGUGCUGGGAGGAGACAAGUGACGGCAGCAGCCGCGAGGAGGGGACGGAAACGCCUGUGCAGUACUACUCUACCGCGGGUGUCUCUACGCAGGAAGUCAUCUACAUACAAGACCUGAGCGCGAUUGCGCAGCGCGGGAAGCUGAAGGAUGAGCGUGUUGACAGUGGGCUGUUGACGGUUUAUGCAGAUGGUCACAUACGGUUCUUCUCGGAGGACCUGCAGAAAUGUUACUGGGAUUUCGUUAUGCCAGAACAGAAGAUUGAGGGUACUAGUGUCGUAUACGCUGCUUUGGCGAGCUCGACGGCUGCACGCAAGGCGAUCUUCAGCAAUCGGUCCGAUAUUGCGAUUGCGGAGGGCGCUGAUGAUGCGGUGCUUCUGAUUGUGACCAAGCGCCCCGCGGCGUACACGGUCCAGUUCGUUACUGUCCCUGUUGUCGCCGGAAAGAAGAACCCAAGAGAACUGAUUUCGCUGCCGCUUCCGACUACUGGCAAUGUUGCGAAACUGUUUAAAUCCACGUUCUCGGUGCAUUUCCCUACCGGAACGCUUUACCAAUUGUCUGCGGAAAACCUUACAACCUACGAUCUGGUUCCGUCUCGGCCGACCAUAGCGACGACUCUCCCCAUCAAAUCCUCCUCGAUUCCCGGGGUGCACCCAACGUCAUUGCUUCGGAUCUCGUCCUCGACCGUACUGGUGGCUACGAAUGAAGAGAUUACACUUUACGACACCAAGUUUUCGUCGCUGCAAGCCAGUGUAUCCAUCCAGGAUUCCAACCCUUCAACCGCAAUUUCACGUGCUUCGACCCCCGCCUCGGCCCUGGUGGGUGCCAGCUCGAUCGGAAGCGUGUUCCUCACCACCUACAUCCAGGAUAUGGACCUCGUCAUGGGUUACUCUCAGAGCGGCAUUGUUGGGAUCCAGCUUACACGUUCGCGUGCGGAGACGAAGGAAGGACUGCUGAUUGACUCCCUCGGCCGGGGUAUCGACGGAGCGGGUAUUGCAGCACCUUACAAGACUGGGAGAUCAGGCCAUUUCCUCGUGAGAAGACAAGAGAGUGAGAAGCAAAUGGCAGAGGGGGUUUUCAAGCAGCUGCGGGAGGCUAAAGCAUCAAAAAAUGUGGUUGCGUUUGAGGUUGCGUUUGCGGAGUAUGUUGGAAUUCAACUUGGACAAUCGGAGAAGCCCUCCACCGAUGGGGAGGACGCUGCCAUGGUGGACGUUGAUGGGAAGGAUGGGUCUGCACCGGAUAAGGAAUCUAUGGCUCUUGCUAGGCGCGAGGACUCGGCGGUUGACGGUAAUAUCGAAAUCCCCGAGAGCGCCCACAAGACUUUACGCACCGAUUUCGUCGCGGCUGUGUUGUCCAUGAUUUUUGAGGUUACGGAGUCCAAGGAGAAAGAGCAACAGAUGAUCAUAACCAUGUUUCCGCCCAAUGCGCUCCGCUACCUCCUGGAAUCCGGGAACUUUUCGACACUUUUCUUACCGCUCAAGGAGGGACUGAUGAAGGCGCUGCUAGCUCAUGAUGGAACUUUGCGAACUCUGCAGUGGUUCCUCACCACGCUGACGGACCUUCCGGUGGCCGAGAUUCUGACCGCUCUCGAGCUGGCGCUGUCGCCGACAACAUCGGUACCAGAGGGCGAGACGUCUGUGAUCUUUGAGAUCCAUCGCGCCGAGAUCGUCCGGGUUACGUUGCUACGGCUCUCCACUUUCCCCGCAUCGACGAUCAUCAAGUCUCUCCGUGCCCUCACCAGCGAUGCCAUCAUGUUGCUCAUCCGCCUGCUGGAAAACGAGCUCCUGUGCGAGGAAUCGGACGAGCCAGGCCAGACCAUAGGCAUCGAAGACGUUCGCAUUGUCGCUGAUCUUCUUACGUGCGCCCUCGAUGCGGUGGGAAUGUCCGGGCUGGUCAUGACCGAGACCCCCGAUAUGUUACUCGGACUCAUGGAGAACGUUGAGGAGGCGCUGGACAUGGUUGAGCAGGCGGCGGAUCUGAAGGGGCUUAUGGAGGAACUUUUCCGCCAUGUUGACUGGAAAAACGUUGUUAAUGCGCCCCCGGCGCCACCCGUACAAGAGCAAGAAGAGGCGCAGGACGAGGAGGCCGCUGCUGAAGAACCAGCUCUCGCCAUCGCCGAAGCCACCAGCAUGGAAGCCACACCUGCCCGGGCACCGACGACAUCGAAGGCCGUCACGAUCAAGAAACAACCUGUCGCUCUCCGCAAGAACCAGCAAAAGCGCCGCCGCGAACGCUUCGCAGUCGCCCGCACGAUAGUCGGCCACAAAAAUAUGCUCUCCCGUGCAACCGCCGUCAGCAAAUCGGAGAUGAUCAAACAGGACCGGCCAGUGGCACUAUCCACCGCUAAGGGAGUAUCCCCCAUCCUUCCCCUCGGCGCACUCGCGCUCCGAAGGAUUGUCGAUCCGCUAGUUGGAAAGGAGUUCAUGCUCUCGGGAGAAGUCAACAAGCCCAAGGCGAAGGGUGGCAGGAAGGAGACCAUGAAACGCGAAUACUGGAGGGAGGGGCUCGCCGCUGGCGCGUAUAGUGUCGAGAGUAUGGUUGUCUAGACGGAAGAAUACUUGGGUGUAUAAUAUUUAUUUGUUGUGGCGCUUGUUUCUGUGUGCUUGGGGGAUAAAAGUUGUGGAUUGAUUGUGCUCGUGGUUGGUUACUCCUGUUUACAUGUAUGUAUCGUCGAGGAGAGGAGAAAUGCAUGUCUUCUCCAACGACGAAAGUGAGAUGUGAAAUUCUCCG